AUGAGUGGCUUGUCACUCCAUUUUUGCUCCCUUGUUCAGCAUGGCGCUUCACCGCCUUCUUCUAGUGGCCAUGGUGGGUUUAGUCGGGGGUGCCGACAGAUUGGAAGGGUGCUCGUUGUCGCCGACGUGUAUGUUGCCUUGGUGGUGGAUGAGCUUGAGGUCCGUGCCGUUUUGGGCCUCCCUUGGUACCUAUCCGCCCCUGGUGCUGGGAGGAAGGUCCGACGGUGUCUUGGUGGUGCUGCAACCUAUGAGGUGACCACGAUCGCCAGUUUGGCGAUGAGGGGUCCAAGGUGUCGGUCUCGCGAUGAGGUCUUGGAGAGGCUCCUUUGGCAAGGGUUCCGACUCGUCUGGACAGGUGUUAGGCGAUUCUGUGGAUCUGCCCUCCCUCUAGAUUCGGCUCUUGAGCUGUCUGAUUCGACUUUUGGGAUGUUUUCUAGAUGUUCUCCAUUAAUAAACCCUAGUGAAAGUGAUAAAGAGAUGGCUCAAACAACUCCAAACCACACGCAGACUGUUUCGGGCUGGGCUGCUCAUGACCCAUCGGGCCUCGUCACUCCUUACACCUUCAAACGCAGGGAAAAUGGUAUCAACGAUGUGACCAUCAAAAUCCUCUAUUGCGGCAUUUGUCACACCGAUGUCCAUCACGUCAAGAACGACUGGGGCAUAACAAUCUACCCUGUUGUUCCCGGGCAUGAAAUUGUUGGGAUCAUCACGAAAGUGGGCAGCAAUGUGACCAAUUUUAAGGUGGGCGAUCGAGCUGGAGUCGGGUGCUUGGCCGCAACUUGCUUGAGCUGCGAGUACUGUAAAGAAGGCCAAGAAAAUUACUGUGAUCAAGUCCAAUUUGUGUACAAUGGCAUUUUCUGGGAUGGCAGCAUCACUUAUGGAGGCUACUCUGAGUUUCUUGUGGCUGAUCACAGGUACGUUGUUCAUGUCCCGGAGAGUUUACCGAUGGAUGCUGCAGCUCCCCUUCUAUGUGCUGGAAUCACUGUAUAUACUCCCUUUAAAGACAAUGGGCUGAUAGAGUCAACCGGGAAGAAAAUAGGGAUAGUCGGGCUCGGAGGUCUGGGCCAUGUUGCCGUCAAGUUUGCAAAGGCUUUUGGUCACCAUGUCACCAUAAUUAGCACCUCCCCGUCAAAGGAGAAGGAGGCCAAACAGCAUUUGGGUGCAGAUGAUUUCAUUUUGAGCACCAAUCCAGAACAAAUGCAGUCAAAACGGAGAACUCUAGACUUUAUUUUGGACACGGUGUCAGCCAAACACUCCCUUGGACCGACACUGGAGUUGUUGAAAGUGAACGGGACUCUGGUGAUUGUGGGUGCACCAGAUAAGCCCAUGGACCUGCCAUCUUUCCCCUUGAUUUUUGGGAAAAGAGUUGUGAAAGGGAGCAUGAUCGGAAGCAUUAAGGAGACGCAAGACAUGAUGGACUUAUGCGGGAAGCACAACAUAACAUGUGACAUCGAACUUGUUACGACAGAUUACAUUAAUGAAGCCCUCGAGCGAUUGGUCAAAAACGAUGUUAAAUACCGGUUCGUGAUUGACAUUUCUGGCUGUCACGGUGAGGAUGUGAAAAGCCAAAAGGGAAAUCCAAAUGUGAGCGAAGAAUACAACGAAGCUUUCAGGACAAAAUCGUACAUGGAACUAUGCAAUAAAGUCGAAGACCAACUCGAAACAAGAAUGUGUACCGAUGAAGAAGAACAAUCUCCCUCAUCCUCCCCGUCUCUCAAACAGCCGCACAAUGAACAUCUCUCCGAGUAUUUAUUGGAUCCUCCUCAAGAAACUCUAACUUCCAUACUCAAAGGCACUCAAAACCACCAAUUCGUCAUCAACUACUUGGACAAGAGCCAGGAAGCCAGCAGAGUAUGCGAACUUGUCCUCCAAAACGUGCUUCAAGCAAGCGCCAACCACCACCCCAUAAACAACAUAACAAACCUAAUCAAGCAAACUCCCGACCCCAAGCGGUGGACCCACCACCACUAUGACACGCUGUACAAGAACCUAGCCUCAUUCGCCCGCCAAAACAAUCCGUUCCAAUCAACCCCGGACAAAUUCCUCGAGCUGCACGACAGCUACAUUCGCCUGCUCCACCAACUGACAUCCAAAUACAAAAAGAAGAAAAGGAGAACGACACUAAUAAAGCACGCCAAGCGAGGUCUGUCUGCUUUCAUGCUGGUGGGGUCCACUGCGCUAGCUGUGUCCCUAUUGGUCCUCGCAACAAACAGCGUGGUGUGCGUGGUAGCGGGCCCGGGGCUCAUCGCGUGCUGUCUGGGCUUCCUGGCGGUGAAAAGGCUCAGGCGGCAAAGAAAACAGAAGUUGAGGAAAGCAAAAGCGCGCAAAAGUGGGGUUGUAGCCCAGCUGGACGUGGCGGCCAGAGGGGUGUACACACUCAUAAACGAUCUCGACACGUUGUGCCGGCUCGUUGGGGGGUUGCACGAUGAGGUGGAGCGCAGGAAGCUUGUGGUGGGGACGUGUGUGGAGAGGGGGAGGGACGAGAUGGUGAAGGAGGUGGUGAGGGAGCUGCAGGCUGACGAGCCUUGGUUCCUGGAAGAGGUCGAGGAACUCAAGAGGCACGUGUGUUUGUGCUUCCUAAACAUAAACCGGGCGAGGAGGCUACUUUUACAAGAGAUUGUUUAA